AUGCCUUCCCUAUCCCUAUCAUCGCCUCCAGCUCCACCCUCACCCGUUCUCAACUCCAACUCCAUGCAUCACGCGGCCCAGCCCCUAUCCCGGCGCACCCUCCCCUCCCCCGAACACGCCGCGGACGCCGCACUCGUAACCCACAUCCUCCUCCUCCUCACCGCCCUCUUCCUCCUCGCCAUCCUCCUCCGCCUCCCGCGCGCCCUAGCCCUCUUCGGCGGCGUAUCGAGGGAGUGGGCCGCGGGGCACAUGUUCUGGUACGACCGGCGUGUCGCGGCUGUUGCCCCGUCGCGGAGGACGCGCCGCGGGCGGCGCGGCACGCUCUCGAAUAAUAACCCGCACAACCUCAAUCACAACCACGGUAAUCGAGAGCACAACGGCAGCGGUGAAGAGAAAGACCAAGGCGUCCCCCGCGCGCGGCCCUAUCCCGCACUGCACUUCCCCCCGCACAUCCCGUCCUGCCCCUCCCUCCUCCGCGGCCUCCUCGCGCCCCUCCGCGCGCGCGUCCCGUUCCUGUCGAGCACGCGCGGCGGCGCGGGGAUGGGCAUGGGCCAUGCGCUGCUGCUCGCGGUGUACUUCUACGCGUGGGUGUACGCGGCGCUGUUUCGGAGUAAUGUGUUUACGGACCCGGCGCGGACGGGGUGGAUUGCGGCGGCGCAGGUGCCGGUUGUGUGUGCGCUUGCGGGGAAGAAUGGGGUGGGGUGGUUGGGUGGGUGGGGGUAUGAGAAGGACCCAAGCAACACAUGGGGCAUGGUCGCCCUCGUCAGCGUCAACACCAUCUUCCUCUUCUCCGUGCAGUCCGUGCGGAAUAGCGCGUACAACCUCUUCCUCGCCACGCACAUUCUCGGCUUCAUACUCGUUCUCCCUGCCAUGUACUUGCACAAACCCUCGCUCCUGCCAUACGUCCUCUUCGCAGCGGCGUUCCUCGCACUAGACCACACCCUCCGCCUCUGCAAAUCGCGGUACACAUCCGCAUACAUCACACCCCUCCCGGAACUCGAGAUGACGCGCGUCGAGAUACCCUCGAUCAACGCGGGGUGGCGUGCCGGGCAGCAUGUAAGGUUGAGGGUGCUUGCGCCUUGGGGUGGGCGUGGAGGGGGAGGAGGGUGGAGAGGGGGAAUGGGACUGGGGAAGUGUUUGGAGGUGCAUCCGUUUACGAUUGCGAAUGUUGCGAGGAAGGAGGGGGGCGAGGGGAUGGUGCUUAUGUGUAAGAAGGCGGGCGGGUGGACCGGGGCGCUCUAUGCGCUCGCCAAAUCCUCCUCCUCCUCUUCAUCGCCUGCGUCUCUAGAAGCAGGGUGUCCGCAGGAGAAAACGGUUGGUAUGGGCAUGGGCAUGGGACUGGGAAAAGAAGUGAAAGUGAUAGUGGAAGGCCCGUAUGGCGGGCCGGGCCACGUCAACUUUGCGAGUUUCUCGGCGGCUGUGUUUGUUGUGGGAGGAAGCGGGAUCACGUAUGCGCUUGCUGCUAUUGAGGAUUUGGUGAGGAAGGAUGGGAAGGGGGAGAGUAGAGUCAAGGUGGUUGAGUUGGUGUGGAUUGUCGCUGAUCCUGCAUGCCUCGCACCGCUCCUCCCAACAUUCACCAAACUCAUCUCGCAAUCCCUCUACACACCUCUCCGAAUAAGCGUGUUCUACACCCGCGCGCCGAUAGGCAAGCAGCCAGCGUUCUUCGACGCCUCGUCCUCUUCCCCUUCCUCCUUUUCCUCUUCCUCCUCUUCGCCGCCUGCGUCUCCUACGGCGUCACCCUCGGGGCCGGCACCGGCGUAUACGCAUAGCAGCGCACCGCUCGCUACUGUUGCGGAAGCGCAUGGGUACAUGGGCGAGAGCAGCGCGAAUGCGAAUGCGAAGUUGAGGCGCGGCGACUCUGCGCGUGCGCGCUUUGCCGAUCCCGCGCAUGACGAUCGUGUACAUGGACACGGCCACGACGGAAAUGACAACGGGAACGGUAAUGGAGAUGGCAAUGACGACGAAGAUGACGAUGACGAUGAUGUGUACGCGCCUAGUGUGCACUCGCAGGACCAGAACCAGCAUGAAUUCGACUCGUACGCGCGGCCUCAGCGCGCGCAUGAGUCUGCGCAUGCGCAUGUGCGGAAUGCGAGUGGGGGUGUGAAUGCGGUGGCGGGCCCGAGUGCCGCGGCGAUUAUGCACGGGCAGAUGCAGUCGCACCAUCUCCAACCGCAGCCCCAACAGAGUACCCGUGGGCACGGCCCGCAACGACAAGAUUCGAGCGCGUCGGCGCGGACGCUUGUAGGGAGGGAGAACAGUACCAAGUCCGCGCACUACCAUUAUCGAUCCAAGUCGAUUUCCAAGUCGAGGGCUAGGACGCCGCAGCCUCAGGUUCAGAUACAGGCGCAGGGAUAUGGACAGACGCAGGGAUAUGGACAGGCGCAGGGACAAGGACAAGGACAAGCGCUCCCGCGCGGUCUCACACUCGCACCAGGCCGUCCCAAACUAUCCAAAUUCCUCGAACACGCACUGCAACGCGCCAUCACACUCUCCCACGGGAACUUCAAAGACAAUUAUGACGAUACAACUUCGACGGGGAAAGGGGGCUUGUCGGGGAUGGUCGUAGGCGUGUGUGGGCCGGGGGGGUUGGCGGAUGAUGUGGUUGCGUGUGUUGGGAGCUUGGAUGUGAGGAGGCGCGAGAGGGUUGGGGGGGUUGAGGUGUGUGAGGAGGUGUUUGGGUGGUGA